UACUGCAGGCUUGAGAUGGAGUUUUCCCCGGAAAGAGGCCAGGAAUCCCGGCGUCUGCUGCUCUCACUUCUGCUCCUUGCAGCCUGGAAGCCGGGGAGCGGCCAGGUCCACUACUCGGUCCCCGAGGAGGCCAAACACGGCACCUUCGUGGGCCGCAUCGCCCAGGACCUGGGGCUGGAGCUGGCGGAGCUGGUGCCGCGCCUGUUCCGGGUGGCGUCCAAAGUCCGCGGGGACCUUCUGGAGGUAAACCUGCAGAAUGGCAUCUUGUUUGUGAAUUCUCGGAUCGACCGCGAGGAGCUGUGCGGGCGGAGCGCGGAGUGCAGCAUCCAUCUGGAGGUGAUCGUGGAGCGGCCGCUGCAGGUUUUCCACGUGGAGGUGGAGGUGAAGGACAUUAACGACAACCCGCCAAGGUUCUUCCGACAAGAACAAAGAUUAUUUAUUUUAGAAUCAAGAACAGCAGAUUCCCGGUUUCCGCUAGAGGGCGCAUCUGAUAUGGAUAUCGGAGCAAACGCAGAACUGAGGUACAAGUUAAAUUCUAAUGAACAUUUUCAUUUGGAUGUGAAAACAAGUGAAGAAGAAACAAACAUUUUAGAGCUAGUAUUGAAGAAGCCAGUAGAUAGAGAAGAAACCCAAGAGCAUCGUUUACUAUUGAUUGCAGUUGAUGGAGGAAAACCUGAACUAACAGGUACUGUUCAGUUAUUGAUUAAUGUACUGGAUGCAAAUGAUAAUGCCCCGGUAUUUGGUAAAUCAAUUUAUAAUGUUAGAUUAGUGGAAAAUGCACCUAAUGGGACAUUAGUUAUUAAAUUGAAUGCCUCAGAUGCAGAUGAAGGUAUUAAUAAGGAAAUAGUGUACCUCUUUAGUAAUCUUGUUCUGGACAACGUAAAAUCUAAAUUUAUAAUCAAUUCUAAUAGUGGGGAAAUAACAGUUAAGGGAGAACUGGAUUAUGAAGACCAUAAUUUAUAUGAAAUUAAUAUUGAUGCUGUGGAUAAAAGUCCAUUCCCAUUAACUGGACACUGCAAAGUAAUAGUGAGACUCCUGGAUGAGAAUGAUAACACCCCAGAGAUGGUUAUAACCUCCCUGUCUCUGCCCGUGAGAGAGGACGCUCCGCUGGGCACUGUCAUCGCCCUGAUUAGUUUGUCAGACCGCGACUCCGGUGCCAACGGGCAGGUGAGCUGCAUUCUGUCGCCACACGUUCCCUUCAAGCUGGUGUCCACUUUCAAGAACUACUAUUCACUGGUGCUGGACAGCGCCCUGGACCGCGAGAGCGUGGCGGACUACGCUGUAGUAGUGACUGCGCGGGACGGGGGCUCCCCCUCGCUGUCGGCCACCGCCAGCGUGUCCGUGGAGGUGGCAGACGUGAACGACAACGCGCCCACGUUCGCGCAGCCCGAGUACACCGUGUUCGUGAAGGAGAACAACCCGCCCGGCUGCCACAUCUUCACGGUGUCCGCGCGGGACUUGGACGCGCAGGAGAACGCGCUGGUGUCCUACUCGCUGGUGGAGCGGCGGGUGGGCGAGCGUGCGCUGUCGAGCUUCGUGUCUGUGCACGCGGAGAGCGGCAAGGUGUUCGCGCUGCAGCCUCUGGACCACGAGGAGCUGGAGCUGCUGCAGUUCCAGGUGAGCGCGCGCGACGCGGGCGUGCCUCCUCUGGGCAGCAACGUGACGCUGCAGGUGUUCGUGCUGGACGAGAACGACAACGCGCCCGCGCUGCUGUCUCCUGGGGCGGGCGGCGGGGGCGGUGCUGUGAGCCAGCUGGUGUCUCGGUCUGUGGGCGCGGGCCAUGUGGUGGCGAAGGUGCGCGCGGUGGACGCGGACUCUGGCUACAACGCGUGGCUGUCUUAUGAGCUGCAGCCGGCGGCGGGUGGCGCUCGCAGUCCGUUCCGCGUGGGGCUGUACACGGGCGAGAUUAGCACGACGCGCACCCUGGACGAGAUGGACGAUCCGCGGCAGCGCCUAUUGGUGCUGGUGAAGGACCACGGAGAGCCCGUGCUGGCGGCCACGGCCACCGUGCUGCUGUCUCUGGUGGACAGUGGUCAAGCGCCAAAGGCCUCGCAAGCGUCUUCAAGUGCUGUGAGUGCAGAGACACAGCUGGUGGACGUGAACGUGUACCUGAUCAUCGCCAUCUGCGCGGUGUCCAGCCUGUUGGUGCUCACGCUGCUGCUGUACACAGCGCUGCGGUGCUCGGCGCCGCCCACCGAGGGCGCGUGUGGACCCGGGAAGCCGGUGCUGGUGUGCUCCAGCGCGGUGGGGAGCUGGUCGUACUCGCAGCAGAGGCGGCAGAGGGUGUGCUCUGGGGAGGGCCCGCCCCCGCCCAAGACGGACCUCAUGGCCUUCAGCCCCAGCCUCCCUCAAGGUCCCGGCUCUGCAAACAACGUGAGUCUCAAAUAUUUCAUCCACUGCAAUUUUUCUUCAUAA